AUGCUUCAAGCAUCGCCUCGGCGCAAGAACAAUGUAAGUGCUGCAAGUCGGUCGGGUCGACUUGGAAGAUGUCCCACUGAUUACCAUCCUCGGGACCCUGGGGUUGGGCGAGGUUCGGGGGCUACGCCAUGUCUAAUGUUAACUUCAUUAAGCUGCGCUCAGUGCUACGCGCAAGCACUGACAAUUUCGACAAGCAGAGAGCAGAGCAUGAGCUCCAGUACGGGGAAACUGACGUCCGGCUGCCUAGUCGGUGCGCGCCCGCACCGACCGUCGGGCGGCUCCAGUCAAGUCGCCGGCAUGCAAGUCAAACUCCACACGGCGGUCUCACGGCAGCAACACCUGCAUCAUAGGCAGACGGACAGACCUAAACGUGGGUUUCCCGGCCUUUCCCGGCGGACCAUCAAUACAAUGCAAAUGCCAAGGUUGAGGUCCCUCAGUCUGUGCUCUCCCGAGUCAGGCACAGGCAUUAUCUCGGAAUCUAGCGCUUGGUGGUCCUCUAGGCGGAUUUUGAUACAAAUACGUGUCUGCACCCUCGCUCGGAAGCUUGACUGUAUUGCUUCCUUAGUCCAGUCUAGCCUACAGGCUCACGUUCACUCGUUUCUAAUCUCGACCACACUCAUUUUAUCCCUACCAUACAGCACAUCUGCGAACAUGCGAGGAACUUUGCUGUUCGCACUCCUCGCAGCCACCACCGCCGCUCUUCCAACAUCUCAGGCGAACAUGCCCGGCAGCAUCGCCAACGUUGGCGCAAAUAAAGCGCCCUCACGGUCCGGCGCCGCACCCCGAAAGAAGCCGGCUGGCAUAUCAUGGGCGCUCACCUUUGGCAAAAAGCGCGCCGUCUGA